GAACGUCAUGAAGGCGCUGAGAAACCACCGAUACCCAACUUCCAAAAAGUGACACCAAGCACCACACCUCCCACAGAUUCUGCCUCAGUCAUUCCUGAUCUCCCAGAAGGAGUAGAGCGUCAUGAAGGUGCGGAAAAACUUUCGACAACUCGAUCUGAUCAGACAACAACGGAGUCGUCGACAACGCCACCUACUGAUCUUACAACAAACGAUGUAAUUACCGAUGUAUUCCUGUCAUCAACACCUGAACAGAAUCGUGCCAACGUGACGGAGGAGACCGAGGAGUCAUCCGAAGAACAGACGUCAGAGGUCCCAACCACCAAGGAUACAUUUAUUCUGACAACUCCUAGCACAACAACUGCGAUCCAGUUGGGUCCCAGCAAUACUACCAAAUGCACUAGCGGAGACCAGUGUGGUAGUGAUGCCUACUGCGAGCGACGUACUGGAGCUUGCCGAUGCUAUCCAGGAUUCGAAGGAGCACCACCCAUAGAUCCUUGCCAUGGUCAUUAUUUUUUCUUUUUUGCUGUUCUAGCCACUUCCUGA